UCGGUAAGUCGAUAUGGCUCGCCAACUCAUCACCUUUGCAGCUCUAGCUCCUCUACUCAUGGCCAUGGCUGUGGCUGUCAUCGUCCCCCCUGCCGCCUGUGCCUUCCGGGGCGUGGGCGCGCGAGAAUCCUACCACCUGCGCUUCUACAUGCACGAUUUCUCCAACGGACCAAACGCCAGCGCCAUCGUGGUCGCCCACGGCACCGGCCCGCUUCUUGGAGGCUCCAGUGACCGGCGCUUUGGCGACGUGGUGGUCAUGGACGACACCCUCACCGAAGGCCCUAACACGACGUCCAGGGCCCUCGGACGCGCCCAGGGGUUCUACAUCGCGUCGUCCUCCAUAAGCGGCGACCCCACGCUGCACAUCUCCAUGGACCUGGUAGUCACCAGCGGGCCCUGCAGCGGGAGCAUGCUCGCCGUCACGGGCCGCGACAACGUCUUGGCGCCGGUGCGGGAGCUCCCGGUGGUCGGCGGUAUGGGGAGAUUCAGGAUGGCAACGGGGUACGUGCUGAUGAAGACGGUGAACUGGCAUGGGAACGACGUUCUCCUGGAGCUCGAUGUCUACGUGCAUGCGUGAACAUUAUCGACCGGCGGAUGCAAUGUGGACGCGUCCCAUAAUAACCAAGAUAAUUGGCGUGUUUGAUAUUGUAAUAUUUUGUCUCAUCUUUUUCUCGUGUGAACGAAUUUCGGAUGCAAAUUGAGAUAUAUAAAAGAAAAUGAUGAUGCUUGAGCGCCAGUUGUUUGCCCGGUGCGCGCUCUCACUCUA